AGGAGGAGGAGGAGGAAGAGGAAGAUGACGGCAGCGUUUCCUCCACAGACUCUGACAGCUCGGCCAUCCGUUACGUCCUCGGAGACGUCACCCAUCCUCAAGCCGCUCAGGGAGACGCCAUCAUCGUGCACUGUGUCGAUGACUCGGGGCGAUGGGGUCGAGGCGGCUUGUUCACGGCUCUGGAGGUGAGAUCAGAUGAACCCAGGAAGCACUACGAGCUGGCCGGCAAGAUGAAAGAUUUGGACCUGGGGAAUGUGCUGCUCUUCCCCGUCGACGACAAACAGUCCAGACUAGACGGCCAGGAUCAGCUGGCUCUGAUCGUGGCGCAGCAGAGAGACGGAAGCAACAAACUGUCGGCCAUCUUCCUCUCCGCUCUGGACGAAGGACUGAAGAAGAUCUACGCUGCGGCAAAAAGACUCAAGGCGAGCGUGCAUCUUCCUCGCAUCGGUCACGCCACCAGAGGCUUCAACUGGUACGGCACGGAGCGUCUGAUCCGGAAACAUCUGUCCUCUCGCGGCAUCCACACCUUCAUAUACUAUCACAGCAGAGCCAAGAGCUCCGCCCCCUCUUCAUCCUCCCCCGACUCCGCCCGGGUCACUGAUGACGCAGAAACAAGCGCUCCCUCAACAUCCUCAACACCCUCAACACCCUCAACAUCCUCCUCUGAUCCACAGCAGCCUGACUCCACCCGGGUGACAGAGGACACAGAAUCAAGCGGCCCCGCGGCGCUGCCAGACUUCAUGAAGGGCGUCCGGGUGUUUUUCUACAACCUGCCGGCGUCAGAGAGGAAGAUGCUCGCCCGCUACCUCAUCACGUAUGACGGAGACGAGGAGGAGGUCAUGAGUCCGGAGGUCACGCACAUCGUGGCCGAGGUGGAGAGCAGCGUCCAAUCACAGGAGCUGCAGGCGCUGCAGAGCCGCUACCCUCAGGCCGUCGUGGUGCAGAAGCUCUGGAUGGAGUCGUGCUUCUGCAAACAGAGCAGAGUCAACACGGCCAUGUUCACACAUCCUCUCUAAUCUUUAGUAACUCGGCUUUAAUAAAGUCUGCCGGCUGCUUCAGGAAAAACAUCGCAGCUCAAAUCAGGAAAUCAUGUUGUAAUCAUUCAUCGGAAAGUGAAAUGAGGACGAAAUAAAACAAACACUCCUUUA